UUACACCUGUAUUCACGUGAGAGGAUGAGCACUUCGCUGUUUCUGCUGAUGAUGACCGCGGGGCUGGAUCUGAGCACGCGCUGCCUCGCGGACGCAGAAUCCCGUUUGAAUGUGCGUGACAUUGAGGCUGCUGUGUUGGCAGCGAAGGCCGCUGUGGAUGACGCUUACAAGUUCUCCAGACAUGAGAGUCUUGCCCGCGUGAGGAGGAAUGCGGUGAACCCCUCCAAUGUCAUGCGGCUCGUAAAGCAGCCCAUUGGAGCGUCCAGAACCGCGGUCCGAGCCGCAGACUACAUGCACGUGGCUGUGAAGCUGUUCAGGGACUCGUUGAAACGACGCCACAAGCGCUCCAUCAACGCCACAGACCUCAUUUCUGAGGAGCAUCUGCAGGUCAUCGCCGAUCUGACAGGCUGCACUCCCAGACAUCGUGCCCCUUCUUGCAAGAUGACUCCUGGUAUGGAGGAGUAUCGCACUGCAAGCGGCGCCUGCAACAACAGAAAAAACACUAGGUGGGGCUCUGCCAACACUCCUUUCGCCCGCUGGCUCCCUGCUGAGUAUCAGGAUAAAAUCUCUCUGCCCAAAGGUUGGGAUCCUACCAUGAAAGUCAACUGCCACCGUCUUCCAAUGGUACGGGAAGUGUCCAACCGUAUUAUGAAAACCGCUUCUGUGGAGAGUGACCCACUCUACACUCAGAUGGUGUCGGUCUUCGGUCAGUGGGUCGACCACGACAUUACCCUGACGCCUCAGUCUCCUGUCAUCCGCUCGUUCAGUAACGGUAUUAACUGCGACAGCAGCUGCGAAUGCACCGAGCCUUGUUUUCCCAUCAAGAUUCCCUGGGAUGACCCCCGCUACCAUGAAAACUCAGAAGAGUGCAUGGCCUUCUUCCGCUCGGCAGCAGCUUGUGGAUCCGGCAACACGGGACACUUCUUCGGGGACAGCACCAUCCGUCAGCAGAUGAACGCCGUCACCUCUUUCAUCGAUGCAAGCCAGGUGUACGGUUCCGAUGACCUCAAAACUCGCUUCCUCCGCAACAUGACCAAAGACCAGGGCCUUUUGAAGCACAACAGAGUGUACAAAGACAACGGCCGUGAGCACCUGCCCUUCCUUGGGAUGACCACCAACAUGUGCGCCACGCGAGGCCGCAUCAUGAAUGACCCCAACCUUGAGGAGGUGCCCUGCUUCCUGGUUGGUGAUCAGCGUGGCAGUGAGAACAUUGGUCUGGUCACUAUACACUCUCUGAUGUCGCGUGAACACAACCGCCUGGUACACGCCCUCGCUAAACUCAAUCCUCACUGGAAAGGAGAGAGACUCUACCAUGAGGCCCGCAAAAUCAUGGGAGCAUACUUCCAGAUUCUCACCUUCAGGGACUACUUGCCCCUGAUUGUUGGUUCGGACAUGUUUAACAAGCUGCUGUCCACUUAUCCUGGUUAUGAUGAAAACGUGGACCCCAGCAUCGCCAAUGUGUUCGCCACAGCUGCCUUCCGAUUUGGCCACACGACAUUUCAACCCUUCAUGUUCCGCCUUGACGAGGAAUACAAGGAGCACAAAGAUUACCCCAGCCCACCACUGCACAAGUCCUUAUUCACACCAUGGAGGAUCAUCUUUGAAGGUGGUGUGGACCCAGUCCUGAGGGGGCUGGUGGGUCGCCAGGCCAAGCUGAACUCACAGGACCACAUGAUGUCUGAUGAGAUGAGGGAGAAGUUGUUUAAAUUCUCCUCCAAGUUGGCACAAGAUCUGUCUUCUCUCAACAUGCAGAGAGGCAGAGACCAUGGACUUCCAGGCUACAACGAUUGGCGACGGUUCUGCGACCUCUCGCCGGCAAAAGAUCUGGCAGAGCUGACAAGUGUCAUGCAAAAUGCCGAUCUGGCGGUGGAACUUCUGGAUCUGUACGGCACACCCGACAACAUCGACUUGUGGCUGGGUGGCAUCAUCGAGCCGUUUGUCCCUGGGGGUAGAGUGGGACCACUUUUUGCCUGCCUUAUUGCCACUCAGUUCCAGAGGAUCCGCCAGGGAGACAGACUUUGGUGGGAGAAUGAGGGAGUGUUUACGAAGGCCCAGAAGAAGUCCCUGAAGGACACGUCGCUCUCUCGCAUCAUCUGCGACAACACCGGGAUCACCGACGUACCCACAAACCCCUUCCUGUACAAACCUCGAGGCUCGGGUUACACCGAGUGCACGGACAUCCCUGCAUUUGAUCUCAGCCCCUGGGAGGAGAUAAGGAAAGGCUCGAGAGAAGACCGACCAUCAACGUGUUAAUUCUGCUCACUGCUGUAAAAACCAAGGACUGUUGAAGUAAAAACCAUCAUCUGAACGUAUGAUGGUUCUAUUAUUACAGCAUAGAAUAAUGUGAAUGGUUGAAUUAUUAUUAUUUUACCCCAAAUAGGGAUUUUGUGUUAACACAUAGAAAAAACAAUUAUAGGAUGAUUUUAUUAACAGGGACAUAUUAUGUUAUUUUUAGUGGUGGGACUUGAUUUAAAAAUGUUUUAAUUAA